CGUGUGAUCACGUGGUGUACUACGUCAUAUGUAAACCAGGGUUAAGAUGGCUGCUGCCGGAGGAGAACCCUCUACUCAGAAUGUGUCGGAUGAAUUAUUUCAAAACUUUUAUACGGAGGUGAAGCAGAUUGAGAAAAGAGACUCGGUGUUAACCUCUAAGCAGCAGAUAGACAGACUGCUCAGACCGGGUUCAUCGUACUUCAACCUCAACCCUUUUGAGGUGCUGCAAAUAGAUCCUGAUGCAACAGAUGAUGAACUGAAGAAAAGAUUCAGAGCGUUGUCUAUUUUGGUCCAUCCAGACAAAAAUCAGGAUGAUGCAGACAGAGCACAAAAAGCCUUUGAGGCUGUUGACAAGGCAUACAAACUACUGCUGGAUCCUGAACAGAAGAAGAGAGCCUUAGAUGUCAUCCAUGCAGGAAAGGAAUAUGUGGAGCAUAUGGUAAAAGAAAAAAAGAAACAGCUGAAGAAAGAAGGGAAAUCCCAGUAUGUGGAGGAGGAUGAUGAAGAAAUGUUUAAGCAGGCUGUGUACAAACAGACAAUGAAGCUGUUUGCAGAGCUUGAAAUCAAGAGGAAGGAAAGGGAAGCAAAAGAAAUGCAUGAAAGAAAAAGGGCAAGAGAGGAAGAAAUUGAACAAGCUGAGAAGGCCAAGCGAGAGAGAGAAUGGCAGAAGAACUUUGAGGAAACGCGAGAUGGCCGUGUGGACAGUUGGAGGAGUUUCCAGGCCAAAGGCAAGAGUAAGGAGAAAAAGAACAGGUCAUUUCUGAAACCCCCGAAAGUGAAAAUGGAGCAGAGGGAGUGAUGUUGUAAAAUGGGACUUCGCUAGAAAAUAAUCCGGUUUAUAACAGUCCGCCUCAGUGUAACCCCCCACCUCGUUGUCGGCCUCAGCUGUGUAGUCUUCAUCACACGAUCGCUUCAGGAAACCCAUCAGAAGACAGCCUACCAUUCAUCCCAACCCUGACAAACGUAGUUUUGUACUUGGUUUUUCUAAUGUACAUAUUUGUGAUCUGAAUCCUGAGAUCAAACCUGCCUCAUCUGAGACAAACAAAUGAUACAUCUUCCACAUCUGUAACAGAGUUUUUGUUUGUUUGUUUGUUUUUUAUUUUUUAAAAACAGAAUAAAGCUUGGUCUGAACAAGCCUA